GAGAUAAAAGACGUCAUCCGGACCACCACGGACAUGCAAAGCGCCACCAUAUGGAUGUACCUCACCAACCAACUGAAGAGUCGUCCAGUCCACACCAAACCAAUGAACCACUCGAAGAACACGAGGAAGAAGAAUUUCAAUCACGAUUCAAAGAGAACACUAAUGAAACAAAGAAACCAAAGAGUCGGGAAUCCACCAGUAUACCUACCUUUCCACGUGAAUCCGAUGGAAACACUGACGGAUUAAAUACAAGUGAUCAUGAAACGGUGAUAGAAGAAGCCGUAGAGUCAGACGAUCUUUGGGAGCACUUUAACUGCGAUUUAGCAAGCAAAUUCUUUAAAAAAAGAAGUUACGAAGCAAUGGAGCGUGUACUGGUUAACGUUGACAAGAAAACAAAAUCCGCCAUGGGUCGAGGGAGAUUUGCAACGAUGAUAUCUAAAGGCUGUAAUGAUUUUGCCGAACUGCACGACUGUAUCAACCAUCAUGUGACAGACGUCGACGCCUUCCAUCACCUUAUUUGCCAACAGUUAAUAUCUCUGGCGGAGUCACACAGAGAAAUAUUGCAAGAGAUGGAAGUAGAAACGCAAUGCAAUACAUUUGGAGAGUGGGUAAAGCUGAGCGAAGCAGUCUUCAGACAUAAUUCCACGCUAGAGUAUGGUUCAUUUGAAUGGCAGAAAGUUAUUUCAAAAACAAAAGAAUUGUCACAAUUCUUUUCAUCACUUCCAAAUGCAGCUAGAAAUGUUUCAAAAUCAUACAUUCUGUUGAUUUUACAAUUUACAUGCCGGGUUUGGCUCACCCGUAAUCACAUCCUACCGGGAGAUCAUCAUGGUCUUCUGCGAAUAGCUACCUUCUGUCUUCCACUCUGUGAGUCUGAAUUAGUGAAGUCAAAGUAUUACUGCAAGUCCAAGCACGACGUAUAUGUGCAUGCGGCCAUUACCCUUGGAUGUACUAUUUCAAAUAGAAGGUUAGACGUUGAAACAUGGUACGACGAAUUCUGUACCUUUACAUUAAAAUCUGAACAGUACUACGACGAAGGUCUCCAGUUACAAAUUGAUCUGCGAUCUGAAGAUGAUACCAGUAAUUUGACAAAAUUUACACGCAUUGUUGAAACAAGAAUGGCUGCCUAUAUUUCGACUUGCGACUUCGAAGAUGACUCUGAGCCAAAACCAAGAGACACAAUUGAGCACCAAAAAUUGACAGAUCGACACGUAAAUCAAAUUAUGAAGCAUUGGAGUUGUAAGAGCUUUUCAGAAUUUCGGCAGUCGAUCAUUGACGCCGAAGACGUGUUAUUAGAAGCACAUUUUAAACUAAAAAUUGGAAGCCUACUAUCUCCAACAUUCAAUCAACUAUGCGAUGCACUUAACGGCUCAUUCAAACAACUGAGAAAUCCACGUGCUCUUUUUGAAAGUCUUCACUCCAACCUUAUGGAUCUUGUGGUUGAUUGCAAGAGGCUUCUGAAAGAACUGAAGGUUUACAGCAAUGAUUCAUUGGCGGAUUGGGUGGAAGUUUUCUUUGGGUUUUGUUCGUCAGACGAAUGCAGUUAUGGUUCUGUUAGAUGGAUGGAGGCACUAGACAGAGGUCAAAAUGCAGUAGAUGACACAACAAGAGGAGUUGAUCCUACAGGACGAGCAAUAAUGCAGUUGUACGUUCAACUUAUCAUUGAGCUUGUGGUGGAAGCCUUUGUAGCGUAUGAACACCUUAAUUCGAACGAUCGAAUCGGUCAUGUUCGUCUGGCUUCUAUGAACAUGACAAUGGUAAAAAGUCCGCUACUCACCAAUAAAUGGUACUCAAAAACGCGAUACAAUGUCUACAUUUGCGGGGUCCGGAGCCUGGCAGCGUGUAUACUUAAGGAGGAUCCUCCUGCUCAAUACACAUUCUAUGAACAAUACAAAGCUGUAAAGGAAAUUCUGGAUUUGUUGGUUGUAGAAAGUCGGAAAUUAAAUGUGCCAUUAUCAUCGAAGCAAGACAGACAUAAGCUGAGUACUCUCCAUAAAGAUGUUGAGAGAAAGAUAUUUGGCGUUCAAGAUGGUGGAUAUGUGCGCGCUGAUGAUCUCGAGCGACGUCAAAAAACCAUUGCAUCUGACCCAAGUGUGGCACAACAAGUUAGUUUAGCAGUCGGUGCAUAUCACAAAAGGAAUUUUGAUCAGAUGACUAAACAUUUAGAUUCUGCCGAGGAAGAAGAUGGGUCUUGUGAUGUAAGGCUUGCAUUCGCUGGAAAUGUAUCCACUAAUUUUGAUCUUGUCGUCACUUUUAGUAAUAAUAUCCCUGAGCCAAGGGGGCCGCACGUUGUCGAAGAAACGACAAAAAAGAAUCUGAGGUAUUUAGCCAAUGACCACCAGAAAGUAAUGGAGCACAUGGGUGAAAAAAGAAGUGAUAUAAUGGAAGUACUUAUUGUCGGAUUGUUUGAACAAACUGGUGCUAAACCAGGUACAAGUGAUUGGAAAUUUCUAAAAAACAAAGCAUUAGAGAUGGUUAAGUAUUUUGAAGGCUUGACCGAAAAUGGACACUCUGUAACAAAAGCCUACGUUCUUCUUUUCCUGACCGUUCUUCACAAUUUUAUUGCCACGAGGAACAGACUUUGCAGAGGGGAACAUGAUAAGCUUCUUCCCUUUAUAAUGCCUUGUGUUAUCAUCUGUGAAAGUGUAUUAUUGGAGUCGGAUGCAUGGAUAAAAACAAAAUUUGAUGUUUAUGAAAUAGCUGUACUUGAGACAGGAUCGUCACUUGGAACUGGCCAGAUUCCAUGUGCUCCAUUUUUCCCAAAAUAUAGUCGAAUUCUUCAGGAACUCACGGCGAAGGCGGCUAAAUGUAACAUAUACGUGUGUGACGACAAUCAGCAACGGCAGAUCGACAAUGUCCGCAAAGUUGGAGAUCAGUUUUACAGAGGCUCUGAAGAUAGAAUGUGCAUCAUAGCCGCAAUACUCUAUUAUAAAGCUGGUUGUUAUACAGGACUGAUGGCGAUUUUAAAUGCAGCUGAUCAGACUUCAAGUGCUGUUAAUAUACGGAUGAAUUUUACCAUGCGAGUGUCCAGUACAUUUGAAAAAUGCGUUGACUAUCACAAUUCCAUUUCCGAUGAAAGUACAUAUGUGGAACUCGUUAGGAAUUCAUAUUUAUACCUAUGUAAAGCUUCCGAAGACUUUUCUGAUUUUGUUAAGAAAAUGGGCGAAACAGAAUCCAACGAUCUGAGGAGUUGGGUAGACGAAUUAUUUCAAGCGACCAAUAGUAAGCCCAGCUUAAACCCUGUUUUGGAAUUAAAAUCGGUUACUGAGAAAGGCCAAAUUGCAGCCCAGUAUAUCAUGCGCAUGAGUGCGGAGGCGAGAUGUAUCGCACAGAUAUAUCUCAAUUUCUUUAUGAGUUUCAUCGUGAACUUCAUUACUAGAAGACAUGCAUUGCAUACAAAAGACAUCUACAACGGUGGAUUAAAGAUAACACUUGCUCUGAUCAUUUUGUGUAAAGAUGUGCUUGUCACAUCGAGCUUUUCUAUAAAAAAAAAAACAACAGGUGUACAGUGUUGCGGCAUCAUAUAUGACGAAGGUAACUGAUGAAUCCGAUGUUUGGACGAGUGAAAUGGAAACGGUUGUUAAUGAACUUGGUAGAUUGAAGGAGAUACGUAAAGAAUUUGAUGAACAAUUGAAAAGAAAAGCAGCAUCACGGAAAGAAUGGCCAGGCUAUUACGAAGACACGGAAUAUGAGCGUCAAGAAAAGAAACAACAGGCAACAAAUGCAUGUGGAAGUGCAGAGCAAGGAAACCAUGGAAUAGAAAAACUAAACAGUGAUUUUGCAACUCAACAGCCAGACCUAGAGCUUCCUAUGCGCACGAAAUAUUUGCGUAUGGAUCAAGAUUACAAACAUGGACACAUCCUUUCUUGGGAUGCCUUUAGUGAAAUCUGUAUAAGUUUGGACAGCUGCAAUGACGCUAACCUUGAUUGGAGAGCUCUGGCUGAAAAGUGGGGAGUGAAAGCUAAAACGAUUGAAAUUUGGUAUGAAAAAAGUACUGAAAAUCCAACUAAAACAAUGUUGUUUUCAUUCUUUUCAAAAAAUGACGAUCUGCCAAAGUUGAAAAUAUUGGAAAAACUUCACGAAACGUUCACAGACCUAAAACUUUCCAGUGUUGCAAAAGUUGUUUUUGAGGAAAUGAGAAAAUAGGUGGAUAGACUGCUUGGCCUACAAAUUCAUGUUUUUUUUUUUUGUUUUUUUUUUGGCAUGCUUAUUUUGAAUUUAGUGACGUAUUUUGAAAUAGGGAGGGGCUGGUGGGGGAAUCGAAAGUAGAGAGAGAAAAAAGGGAGCCUGAUGAGGCAUCAACGGUGGAAGGGCUCAACGAUUAAGUAAGGGGAUGUCAGUUCACAAAAUCAGUUGAUAUGAGGUAAUUUUUAACUACAUGGUCGUAAUAUUUUUGCGUGCUACUCUUUCGUGCACCUCCUGGAUAUGCCAAUGUUUCACUUAAGUACUCCGCGAAGGUAAAAUGGCAGUAACAUGGUUGGGUAAAUUUAAGUAGGCUUAUAUGAAAACCCAUAACUUCAAGCUACAUUGUACUGAUGUGCGUACUAGUACGUGUGUGGUCAAUGCAGCCAUAGGGUGGAGCUUGCAUCAUUCCACGAAAGGAGCUAAAAAUAAACCAGAGUAUCGCAGUAGUCCCUACAUUUUUUUAAAAAUAAGAAAUGUAACACAAACCUGGUUUCAGGUUUUCAUCCGGCUAAAGAAGGUCUCGAACCAGGCUAUGUUUAGUGUUGCCCCCGCCUUACCACUUGACGUGAUUGAUAAUGACAAGCAAUUUCAUGAAAAAAUAGCGCGAUGAUCUUGUUCAGAUACAAGAGAUUCAAG